AAAAAGUAGCAAAGCUAAAGUUGCAGCAGCAUUUAUUUUACACAGUUUUUUAUGUAAAAUUAAAUAAAAAUUAAUAUAUUAUCAACGAAUUUUAUGGUAAACAAUCAGUUUAGAGAUUGAGUAAAGUAAAUCGAAAACGUUUUAGUACAAAAUUGUGGGGGAAAAGUGAAAGGAACGACGUAGCACCACCAGUAGCAGUACGCAAAAAAGUGGAUUAAGAAAACAACAAAAGAUUGUGCAGCGGAGGAGCUGAGUGCGUUGCAAAAGUAAGAUGUCGACAGGAAGGCCCAUUAAAUGUGUCGUCGUUGGCGAUGGAACCGUUGGUAAGACAUGCAUGUUAAUUUCAUACACCACAGACAGUUUUCCCGGCGAAUAUGUGCCUACAGUCUUUGACAACUACUCUGCGCCCAUGACUGUGGAUACAAUACAAGUGUCGCUUGGUUUAUGGGAUACAGCGGGUCAAGAAGACUACGAUCGCCUGCGUCCGCUCUCCUAUCCACAAACCGAUGUAUUUCUCAUAUGCUUCAGCGUGGCCAGUCCAUCCUCAUUUGAAAAUGUCACAUCGAAAUGGUAUCCUGAAAUAAAGCAUCACUGCCCGGAUGCACCGAUUAUAUUAGUCGGUACCAAAAUUGAUUUGCGCGAUGAUCGCGAAACGCUCAGUCAACUAGCCGAACAGGGUUUAGCACCGUUGAAACGUGAGCAGGGUCAAAAGUUGGCGAAUAAAAUACGCGCCGUCAAAUACAUGGAGUGUUCGGCACUUACGCAAAGAGGAUUGAAACAAGUCUUUGAAGAAGCUGUGAGAGCUGUGCUCAGGCCAGAACCACAAAAGCGUCGUCAACGAAAGUGUAUAGUUAUGUAAGAUAUACAGCUUUUGCUAUACUGAAACAAAACAUCAAAUAUUUAACAAACGUAAACCACUCAUUUACCUUACGGCAACCAACACACAAACACAAUCAUGGCGUCAACUCGUGUCUAAGAAAUCCAACUCGAAUAUUUAUUAACUAACUGAUAUAAGUUUAAAGUCGGCGAAUAUCAAACGUGUAGACAGCGACAAUUUGAGAAAUGUGUUGUGGUUUUAUUUUUUUUUUAUUCUUUAUGCUUUUUGCUUCUAAAUGUAAUUUCUUCAAUAACUGCGAAAUUAGGAUUUCUUUGCGCUCCUUCAGAGGACAUUAUGCAUUUAUCAUAAUUUUUUCAGUUGGCAGCUUUUACUGUAGACAAACGUUGUUAUCGCCAAAUGAAAAAUGGCCUUGCACAAGCUUGUCUACACAUACUUAUAUU